AAUUGUAAUUUUAUUUAAGUUAUAUUUUUAAUUACAAUUAUAAAUCUAAUAAUUAUAAUUAUAAUUACAAUUAUAGAAAUAUUCAAAUCAGAUCAGAAUGAUUCAGAUCAGAUCAGAAACAUUCAGAUCAGAUCAGAAACAUUCAGAUCAGAUCAGAAACAUUCAGAUCAGAUCAGAUCAGCAACAUUCAGAUCAGUUCAGCAACGUUCAGAUCAGAUCAGAAAGAUUCAGAUCAGAUCAGAAAGAUUCAGAUCAGAUCAGAUCAGAUCAGAAAAAUUCAGAUCAGAUCAGAUCAGAUCAGAAAAAUUCAGAUCAGAUCAGAUCAGAACUUAAAAAAUUCAGAUCAGAAACAUUCAGAUCAGGUGAACGGAACAGCUUCUUAUCUCUUGGAGAAUAGGAAUCCGAGCUUUAUUCGGAGUUAUUCCUUGAGGAGCUCGUCCGAAGUACUGCAAGUGAUAGAAGUCAGCACCACUUGUUGACCAUCCCAAUAAUACAAUGGCUCUACUCCCCUUCAUUUUCCUUCGACGUGGUCAUCCUCCAUCCAAAUAAAGAGCACCUUUUGGAGAGGCAGAUGGAAGAACACGUCCCCAGCAGAGAGUACGUGCUGCCUUGUGACGGUGGUGAUGGAAUGCUCAGGGGAAACUGACCAGGUGAAGGAGUGACCGGCCGUUGGCCACUGACGACAAGCGGCGGUGUGGCGACCUGUGCGAUGGCCGGCGGUGAGGCCUAGAACGCUGCCGGAGGUCCAUCUGGUGCGGUCCCACUCGCUGGAGGAGUCCAUGGCGGCGGAAAUGGCGAUGGCAGCUCCGGCGACCCCAAACAGGUCUGGAAAAAACCCAGAAUUGGAGUUCUAGGCUCCGUGGCUUCUUCGCUUCCUCCCUUUCUCCGAACUCCUGCCAGCGCAGCGAACUCCGGCGGACUGAGCAAGCCCCAAAUAUUACACGGCGGCGGAUUGGCGGAUGUUCCGGCGGCGGUUGGGCAGGUGCUGCGGCGGCGGCAGUUUGACAGAGCAAGAUCCAUCCGGCCCAAGUCUUCCAGAAUCGUUCUUCUUCCUCGAACUUUUUCUUCCCUUCCUUGCUGAAAAUCCAGAUCUCCGUAGCAAACCUUUCUUUUUCCUUUUUCAAAUCAGUAGCUUUUGGUAUAACAAAUUGUAGAAAAUCAAGAACACAUGCAAUCUUUUUGAACAGAUUCACAAAGACGGCGCCAGUGUUGAGUUUAAUCCAACACGAUAUAAUAAAUAUAUGUAUAAAUGUUUAUGAACAAGCUAUUUUUACGUGGAAACGCGAAAGGGAGAAAACCACGGGACUUUUUAGGCUAAUGUCCAAGCCCUCUCAUUCUCAUUAGGACUCUCCUCACCAUUACAUAGUACAAUAUUCAAGCUCCUAUUAAUGGAGGAUCAAGCUAAUCUAGAGAAAG